GGCCAAAUUCCACUUCAACACUCUCUUACCUUCAGUCCAACCAACUCCAACCCUCGAGCUCAACGCCCUCUCCUUCCCUCCAAGAUGGAUUCCAGCAAGCAGCCCGUUAAGCUCGUCAAGGUGACCCGUGUCCUCGGCCGCACCGGAUCCCGUGGUGGUGUCACCCAGGUCCGCGUCGAGUUCAUGGACGACACCUCGCGUUCCAUCAUCCGCAACGUCAAGGGCCCAGUCCGCGUUGACGACAUCCUCUGCCUGCUCGAGUCCGAGCGCGAGGCCCGCCGUCUCCGUUAAAAUCCACCAAAACGAAAUUUCGCUCGCGUCGUCUAUUUUGUCUCUCUUCUUCUCUCGCAUAUCCCUUACGACCGGUUUUUCAUGAUUACUCUUCGGCCAAAAUCGAGUCCCCCGCUUUUCUUUCUUGCCGUACCUUCAACCUCCUAUCUUCCUCAGCCCUAAACCGCCGCGCUGCCCAAUCAUCCCCGUCUGCCGACUCUCGAGGGGCCGUUUCUACGAUUUCCGACGUUUCGACUGGAGGUGAUGGUUUGGGUGGAUUGACUUUUUGGUUUUUUUAACGCCGAAAGUCCCGGAAGGUCGAUUAUGGAGAAACGAUCGUGAGAGAGAGGAGCAGAGAGCGCAAAAAAGAUAAUAGAAAGCCUUUUUUUUUAUUGAUACGAGAAAACGAAAUCAGGUUCUUGCGCGAGGGCUGGUUUGUGGACUUGUGGCACGGUCUGGUCUGGUUUCGAUCUUGGUGUUUUACUACAUACACACGUCCAUUUAGGCGUGCUUGCAUGGGCUCAAUGCGACAAACGAGGUUGUGAUGUUGUUUCCUCUCUUUUCUUCCUCGUACCAGCUUCCUCCCAUUACUGGUACUUAGAAAAGACAAAACGCCGAUUCGAACCAGACCCCGAUCGACAAAAAGAACAAUGGAAUCCAAAAAAAGUUUGAAAACUUCCAGUUCAGCCUUGUCGAGGUCGAGGUUUUGAAAGCGUUCGUAGAACAUCUGGCCAGUGUAGUCUAUGUGAGUUUCUAGAGAUAUUCCGGACCUUGAUUGCUGUCUGGGAUUCCCAGCGACAUGUCUACCAAGUACAGGUAGACAGUAACUAUGCCAUGUCCCUUGUUAUACAUAGGAAAGUCGUCUGUAUAUUUCUCUAUAAAACCGCGAAGGGCAAAAGAU